AUGGUCAAGGUGAUAAUUCUAUUUUAGAACCUCCUGUACAUGUUUCUCGUUCUACUUAAAUUACAAUGAGUCAAACUUGUAAAAAGAUAGCGAUCAGUAAUUCGUUAAACAGGAAACGUAGUCAAUUAAAAGAUAGAUUGGUUUUUCCUAAAAUAAUUGGGGUAGGGAGAUAACACAUUUUCAAAAGACAAUUAACGUUAUUUUUAUGAUUGUAAAGAGAGGGGCAAUGGACUUGUCUUGAAAUUAUACUUGACAACGUACAUAAUAUUCUACAGGACAGACACAAAUAAAAGACAAUUGAAAGCAUUUUGUUAUCUCACAUUUUUGCACGCACAGCAUCGUUUUAAAUGAUACGAACCGUCGAUAAUUACAGUCAUUUAUACAUAUAUAUAUUAGAACAUCUUACGUUGGCAGCAAAAUAUUUUAUAUGUGGUUAAAAUUACAUGUUCGAUACUACAAUUGAUAAUAUAUUGAUUUAAUUACUGAUUAAUCGAUAUUAAGAUCAAUUUUAAUCGAUGUCGCAACGUUCCAAAGUUAUUCAUUUAUAUAAAACGCUUUUGUACAUGGGACGAGACUAUCCAAGAGGUUAUGAAUUUUUCAAAACAAAUUUAAAAAAAGCUUUCGAAAAGAAUAAGGCAGAACGUGAUCCGGAAAAAAUUGAAAAAAUGUUGGCACACGGCAACUUUGUUAUAAAAGAACUGGAAGCUUUACUCAUAAAAAUGGCAGUUUGUGUAGCAGUAAUUGGAAAAGAUAAUUCUCCAAAAUAUAUUAGGUGUGCAGAUGAGUCGUCAGCAUUACAAUUUCACUGUAAAGUUCACACUUCAAUAGAUAUUAUAGAAGAAAAGUUGAACGUAGGGAAUAAAACAGCUAUUGAUACAAGAGACUUAUAUUUGGGAUUACUAUAUGCUACUGAGGAAUAUAAAAUAUAUGGUUAUGCUACAAACACAAAAAUUAAGUUUGUCAUAGUAUUAAAAUUAUUUAACACAUUACCAAGAGAGAAUGAUGUAAAAAUGACUUUUAAAAAAUUACAUGCUGCUUACUCUAAUGCUGUGUGCAAUCCAUUCUACAUUCCAGGUGAUCAAGUUAAUUCCAAGUCGUUUGAUUUGUCAGUGAUGGAGAUAAUGCGUAGUAUGUAGAUUUUAAUAAAAUAUAUUUUGAAAUUAAAAUGUUACAAAUAUAUUUCAAAUAGGUGAAACCUAUAUUAAAAUAUGUAUAAAUUCUAAAAAGGAAUUUACCUUUGCUAUGUAUAGUGAACUAUAAUACAUAGAUAUAGCAAAAUUGAAGUAUUGCAUCUUCACAGAAUUUAUUAUAUUUUAUUUUAUGAUUUAUAAAUUUCUAAUUUUUUUAAAUUUUAAACAAUCAUGAAUUAAAAUA